AUGAAGCUUUUCCUCCUGAGUCUAUCUUCUGCCAUCCUGGUAGCUCUGGCCAUUCCUCCAGGGCAACUAGGACAUAAUCUAGCGGGUAGCUCCGAUUUUCAAGAGGUGAUCCCAUCCACUCGACCAUCUUCAUGGUCAGAAUUUCAGGAACUACUCGAGGGGUCGACUUGGGAGGCUGAGGAAAGCAGGCGUCGGUCUACGGGUGCAAGAGCACUUUCAUGGAUUCGACGGCAAUUACUUGGCUGCACUAAUCCCUCAAUGGCAGAUGCUCAUGAACCAUUAGCUGAGCACCAAGCUGCAACCAUCGAACAACGCGCUGCUUACAUCUGGCAAGUCACAAUCUUGGUAGAGGGGAAAGGCUGGUUUCUGGCGCUCUACCAUCAAAACGACUUACCCAUCCAAUACCGUCAGGCCGUCGCGUCAGCAGUCCCCUGCCCUGAUCUGCCAACAUUCAUUAGUGAUCGACUUAAGGUUUCUUACGAAGGAAUCAUCAGAAAAUUUCAAGACAUACCAGCAGAUUCCGCCGGUGAUGGAUGGCGAACAACUUUCAUGGAAAUAGCGAACGACUGGAGUGUGGUGCUCAUCGAUCGAACCAACUUGGUCGAUACAUACAUCGAGUCCAAAGGGUUUUUCAACCGCCAGCGCCGACAGUUGGAAGAAGCGGAACGUGCUUUCGACAGUAAUACCAUCACUUCUGGUUACAUACCUUUUAACGAACGACAUAAGUUGCAUACCGAAACUGAACACGGUACAGUCUCAUUGGAUCAAGCUUCACAAUUACUAGCCACCACAGCAGCUAGCCAGCCAGGUAAAAGGGAUCAAGUUAAUUCCUAUUAUUACGAUGACGGAGAUCUCAUUUUCAGAAGCACACUAAAGGGCAUUCAGGAUCAGAAGACUGCAGCUUGCAGUCACCAGGAUGAGCCCACCAAUCAGGACCGAGAUACUGAAAGUCCCAAUGGCAGCUCAACUGCCAAUCCACCCAAUCAUUACAAAUAUUCUCAUGUCAUAGUCGGCAAAGAAGACCAGAAUGAAUGUGUAGUUUGUGGGGAGCAAUUCAAGUAUCCUUUCAACGAAGCCAAGGAUUACUGGCGCAUCUCUGAAGUUACGAGGAUCAAGAAGUGCAGGCAUGACUUCCACCCCAAAUGCAUUCGACCGUGGAUAAUCAAACACAACAAUCGUAGCUGUCCCCUUUGUCGAGUUCGUCUAGAUGAUGAUGCCUGA